AUGCUCCAACAGUCCAUGUGCAACGUAGUAGAUCGUGCUAUCUUUGUUCUUGUAAAGACCAACAAGAAGCAAACACCACACAAACCAUCCAAGAACAGAAACCAGCCACGAGAUCAGCGAUAUCUUGGUGAUCGAGUGCAUCUCGAUAAUGUUGCAUUUGGUGUUGAUGAUCACAAUGAAGACAGUAAACAUCACCAAACCCAACGGGUACGUGGUGUUAUCCAAAGUAGCCGGGAACCCAUAGACAUUCCACAGACUGAAACAUAA